AUGGCCACCAAAUUAGCCUUCACCUUAACAUCUCCAACCCCUUUUAAUCCCUCUAGUCAGAGACCCUUUGUUUCGGUUUCAUCUCCCUCCACAAGGGUUGAGUCUUUUCAGUUCAGAGGGAGGCAGCUAUGUCUCCGGCGCCGGCUUCUGGUUCUUCCCUCUAAGGCUACUGCUGACCAACGACAAGACAAGGUUGAAGAUGAGGAAGUUUUUGAUGGCAAGAUCCUGCAAUAUUGUAGCAUAGACAAGAAAGGGAAGAAGUCUUUGGGUGAACUUGAACAAGACUUUCUUCAAGCUCUACAAUCAUUCUAUUAUGAUGGUAAAGCUAUUAUGUCAAACGAGGAAUUUGAUAAUCUCAAGGAAGAACUAAUGUGGGAGGGCAGCAGCGUUGUUAUGCUAAGCUCUGAUGAACAGAAGUUUUUGGAAGCUUCAAUGGCCUAUGUGUCUGGGAACCCAAUUCUGACAGACGAAGAGUAUGAUAAACUGAAGAUGAGGCUAAAGACAGAAGGGAGUGAUAUUGUAGUUGAGGGUCCCAGAUGCAGUCUCCGUACCAGAAAGGUUUACAGUGACCUGACUGUUGACUAUUUGAAGAUGCUCCUGCUGAAUGUCCCAGCAACUAUUGUUGCCCUAGCGGCGUUCUUCUUCCUGGAUGAUGUAACUGGGUUCGAAAUCACGUAUCUUUUGGAGCUGCCAGAGCCAUACAGCUUCAUUUUCACAUGGUUUGCUGCUGUUCCAGUCAUAGUUUAUUUAGCUCAGGCACUCACCAAACUGAUUGUGAAGGAUGUUCUGAUCUUAAAGGGCCCUUGUCCAAACUGUGGUACAGAGAACGUGUCCUUCUUUGGGACCAUACUAUCCAUUUCAAACGGCGGUGCUACCAACACCAUUAAAUGCUCAAACUGUGGAACUCCGUUGGUUUAUGAUUCAAGUACGCGUUUGAUUACAUUGCCAGAAGGAAGCAAUGCUUGA